GUCAAUAUACUCGAGCUUUAGGAGGGAAAGUGUCAACCUCAUCGUCCAAUGUGUUCAUGUGGACGGGUCUAUACUCCAGUUUCACCUUCCCUUCUUCCCAAUACCUAUUCAACAUAUUCAUAAAAACAACACUCAUUUACUAAAAGCCAUUUCAUUAAUGUAGUAAAUUCAUUGGUCUAUGAUUUUACCCCAGUGUGUGCUUCAUCCAAUUCUCAUCAUCUCGUUUCUGAAAAACAACCAUACCAAUGUUCCUCUAUAUGUCAUAUCAACUCAAGACACAUUUAGUUAUGUAAGGAACAUAGAACUUACCGUGAAAUCCUCACGAGCAUGUGCUCCACGACUCUCCUUUCUAGCCUCAGCAGAAUGCAUUGUUAUACACGCAUUAAUCAAAAGAUUCUCCAGCUCCAUAGUUUCUACCAAAUCCGAGUUCCUAAAGUGCAAAGUUUCCAAAACAUAGCUUAAUAAUCAGCCUAAAGACAAUUCUUUAACGUUUUUUCUCAAAGAGAAGUAGUCUCACCAUAUCAAACUCUUAUCCUUCACUUUGACAUCACCAAAACUGUCCCAAGUCUUAUCGAUCAAAUCACAACCUAUAUUAAUACGAAAAUUUUAAUUCAUAUUCAGCUGUAAAACCUCACUAGGUCAUAAGUUUUGACUGUUUGUUACCUUCCUCUAGAGUUUCUUGUGUGCGGAAGACAGCAGCAUUGUUUUGCAUGACUCUUUGCAUGUUCAAUCUGAUUUUAGAAGUUGGAAGCGACCCAUUUGAGUUCCUUAGUCGGUGCAACCAUUCAAUACUCUUCUCACCAGCAUCGUUCUCUAAAGGUCUCAGUUUCUCGCCUUUACAAGCAUCAUAAAAGCAAAAAUCUUUCAGAAACACUUACUUGCAUCAACAUGCAGAGCUGGUAAUAUAUGUAUUUGCAUACCUGGUUUUUGAAUCUCUGCAACUCUGUUUGCACAAGCUCGGCCAAAAACAACAAUGUCAAGAAGUGAGUUUGCACCAAGCCUAUUGGCGCCAUGGACAGAUGCAGAUGCUGCUUCUCCUGCAGCCAUUAGUCCAGGAACUAUAGAAUCUGGAUCAUCACCUCUAACAGUAAUCACCUGGAACAUAACACUUUUCAAAUGCUGUACAUAUCCAUAAAUUGUAAAUAGUUUUUGUCAUAUAUUGUUUACCUCUCCAUGGUAGUUGGUGGGAAUGCCACCCAUAUUGUAAUGCACUGUAGGCAACACAGGAAUAGGUUCUCUUGUAACAUCAACACCAGCGAAAAUAGCAGCAGUUUCAGAUAUACCAGGAAGCCUCUCCUUAAGCACAUCUGGUGGUAGAUGGUUUAGGUGAAGGUAAAUAUGAUCCUUCAUAGGUCCUGUUAUAGAAUAAUGUCAUUUUCUUGUAUAAUAUAUGAGUCUUAAACUAAGGUAAUAUACACUCUCUCAAAAGGAGCUAGCUAGGGUCUUACCUGCACCGCGCCCUUCCCUUAUUUCCAUGGUCAUAGAUCUUGAGACGACAUCUCUUGAAGCAAGAUCUCUAGCUGUGGGAGCAUACCGGUCCAUGAAUUUCUCCCCUUCACUGUUUCUGAGAAUCCCACCUUCACCUCGAGCUCCUAAAAUAUUUAAACUGACAAAGUGACGAACCAUUGUCUUGUCUAAAUCCUAAAAUGUAAGAAGAAACACAUACCUUCAGUAAUGAGACAUCCAGCUCCAUAGAUACCAGUAGGAUGAAACUGAACAAACUCCAAGUCCUGCAGCGGAAGCCCGGCACGUGCGACCAUGGCAUUUCCAUCCCCUGUGCAUGUAUGGGCUGAGGUUGCUGAGAAAUAAGCUCUUCCAUACCCCUGAAGACAGUUAGAGAUACUGAUUUGGUACAAUGUAGUUUCAAAAAUCCAGAACAAGAUACGUUUCAAGCAACACUUUAUCAUCUUACCCCAGUGGCUAAGAUCGUAGAACCAGCAUGGAAACGAUGUAAAGUGCCAUCUUCCAUGUUCAGUGCAAUGACUCCCUGACAUGUUCCUGCUCAUCAAAUAGACCAAAACCAUUUGGAUGUUGUAUAACACAUCCUUUAGAGGAUCUUAAUAAGAAUUAUAUUAUUGUUAUUGAUUAUAUAAGAUUUCCAAAAGGAGGCAGAACUUUAAAAGCUCUUAAUCUUUCGAAUAUUGAUCUCUAUAAAUUUUCAAAGACAAUGAUGGAUCAGAAAUACUCUUAAAUAGUACUUACCAUCACUGUUCAUAAUCAAAUCCAGGGCAAAGUAUUCAACAAAGAACUGAGUGUUAUGUUUCAUUGCUUGGCCAUAAAGAGUGUGUAACAAAGCAUGCCCAGUGCGAUCAGCAGCACACGCGCAACGGUAUGCUUGACCACCUGAAUAAAGUGCAAUGAUAAGAAGGAACUAUUAGCAAGCAAACUUUCACAUGAAAUAAGUAUAGUGUCCAACUAGAGAUUGCAUGAACCUUUUCCAAAGUCGAGACUCUGGCCACCAAAAGCUCGUUGAUAUAUUUUUCCAUCUUCUGUUCGAGAAAACGGCAAUCCGUAAUUCUCAAGCUCGAUCACAGCUUUUGGAGCUUCCCUGCACAUAUACUGAAUUGCAUCUUGAUCACCUAUACAAAAACAAAAGAUACAAGUUACUUACAUCUUAAAACAGAAACCAGUAGGAUAAUGUAAAAGCAAGUAAUAUGUAGUGUAAGAAAGAAGCUACUUUCACUAGUGUACAUGUUAGAUUGCAAAUCAACAUGUUACAUCCACAAUAAAACAAAAAUCAAGAUCUAGCUUUCGAAACUUGAAACAAUAACAAUGCGUCCUGAGAUUUUGGAGAUAUUCAAUACAAUAAAAAUUCGGAGUUCUAAAUAAUACAAAACAUCAAAUUUUCGUUUUAAAAAUAAUACGAAAUCUUUCUAAGAUGGAUUUUUACAAUUUCUCUGUACUUUUUUCCAUGAUCACAAUAAUAGAAAAAAUGGCUCCUAAAAAAUCUAUAAGAAAAUCAAAAGUCUCAUUCAUAUGUUUCUUAAGGUAUAUAUGUGUUCAAGACCAGGCCUGACCAAGAAUGCAAGAAAAACAAGAAGUCUUCAAAUAUUAACAGCCAAUCUGUCUAAACCUUGAGAGUUUUGAGUCUAAGAUCAGCACCAUACCUAACCAGUCACUUCCUUUGACGGUAUCAUACAUAUGCCAUCGCCAGUCAUCUUCAGUCAUAUUACCUAAUGCAGCAUUUAUACCUCCCUGCACAAAUCAUAGCUUAAUCAACAACGGAGCAAAAGAUUAAAUAAGAUUAAGGCAAUGUAGUAGUUGAUACCUGAGCAGCAACUGUAUGAGAACGAGUUGGAAAAAGCUUAGUGAUGCAAGCUGUGUUAAAACCAUGUUCUGACAGUCCUAUUGCUGCUCUAAGCCCAGCACCACCAGCUCCUACAACAACCGCAUCAUACGUAUGAUCAACGAUUGUAUAAUCCCCUGUCGUCUGCCACAGAGAAUAAAAACAAUUUUGAAUCAGAAUUGGAUAAUGCGAUCUCACAAAUAUUUUCACAAAGUAAGAAGAUCCAAGCUAUUGGAAGGAACCGAAUAAAACUAAAUAAUUCCUUCCCAAGAAACAAAACACAAAAUUCCCCAAAUUAUUUUCUAAACUCGAAAACGUUUACUCAUUAGCAUGUGCGGAAAUCCCGAUUGAAAAUUACAAAACAAAAUAGUAGAUAUCAAUAAUAUACAAUAACAAAAUAUUACAAUUUUUAAAAGUAAAUAGACAAAUACGUACAAGGAUGCAAUUUAUUUUCUUAACUCAAUAAUAUCUCACGUAAGAACAUUUACACAUUUAACUCGUAGAUAGUUAUGGAUUAAGACGAACAAAUCAUAUAGAUUGGUCGACCAAAUCGUGUUUCGUCUACGAAUAGAGGCUAGAAACCUCCAAACGAGAAUGAGGAUUCAAACACUAUGAAGACAACAAUGUAGUCGUACCGAACGAGCAGAGAAGAAUCUUGUGGAGACUUGAGAACUGAUGAGAGCACCAUCAGAUUCCGAUCUCCUCGACGCAGCUCGAACGCGACGAGACACAAACCGCCACAUUCCUCCGUUCGUUACUACGUACUCAGCACAAGGUCGUUACGAUGGUUAAUGGCAUUUUGUCAGCACCAUGUCUCGUUUUAAAAUUGGAGUCCCUCUCACAAGUGGGGGUGAUCAUGGCACGUUGAGAGUUAUUCAAAAUUCUUCUGCCACGUUGGUUACUGGGCCUUCUUAUUAGGCCCAAGUUUGACCAUGAAGCCCAUAAUCUGGUAGCGUCGGGAUAACAGCAAUCGAAAUGCAUGCUUAGCUUUGGCGAAAGCAGUUGGUUGCUCUCACACAAACACACACGCAGUAUAAGAAAGAGACAUCAGAGAUCCAACGAACCGAUUCAGACAGAGAUCGGUACCGAGAAACUGAGAUUUGGGGUGAGAGAGAGAGAGAGAUGGAAACAAGGGAGAGAGAUCUGGAGCGGCUGAUUCCGAUGCAUAAGUCCGGAGAGGUCGUUCUCUCGGUUCCGCCGUCUCCUCUUGCUUCGCCCAUUCACGUCGCCGGAAGAGAGGCGGUUUACAAAGUCAUCCGAAGCUGGGCCUCCAAAAAGUUCAUGACCGGAUGUGUCAUUCUUCUUCCAAUCGCCGUCACAUUCUACUUCACAUGGUGGUUUAUUCAUUUCGUUGACGGUUUCUUCUCCCCAAUCUACACUCAUCUCGGAAUCAAUAUGUUCGGUCUUGGGUUUGUGACAUCCAUAACAUUCAUCUUUGUGGUUGGUGUCUUCAUGUCCUCAUGGCUAGGAGCUUCAUUUCUCAGCAUCGGAGAAUGGUUUAUCAAGAAAAUGCCUCUCAUCAGCUACAUCUACUCAGCUUCUAAACAAAUCAGCGGAGCUAUCUCCCCAGAUCACAGCUCAGGUGCAUUCAAGGAGGUAGCCAUUAUCAGGCAUCCUCAUAGGGGAGAAUACGCUUUUGGAUUCAUUACAUCGACUGUGAUUCUCCGAGGCCGUGCUGGUGGAGAAGAGCUCUGCUGUGUCUAUGUCCCCACUAAUCAUCUUUACCUUGGAGACAUUUUCCUCAUUAGCUCAAAGGACAUCAUAAGGCCUAAUCUCUCUGUCCGUGAAGGCAUAGAAAUAGUCAUAUCUGGUGGCAUGUCAAUCCCAGAGAUACUAACAACGCUGGACGCCGAGACUAUUCACAGGACUGUAGCAGGAAGCUUUGCUAUUCCACAAGUGUAAAGUCGAUGACUCAUUGUUUCUUUUUUUUUAUCCGAAGGUUAAGUCUCCAGUGGAGCCUCUGAUUUUAGGUGACGUUCAGCGUUUGUUAAUCCAAGAAUGUUGGAAAAGUUUUGAACUCAUUAUGAUAUAUGAGUGAAAGGUUCAUAAAGUUUGAGUAUGUGUUUAAGCCUUGUAUUAGUCUAGACACUAAACAAUAACAAAGAGAAUAUUAGAAAAGUUGGAACAAACUCAAAGAUGCGCGAGAACAUAGAUCUUAUAAUAUCAAUGUUUUUGUUAUCAAAUGCUAUAAAAGGUUGAGAGAUCUCGAAAUCGUUUCAUAAGCAGAACAAACAGAAGGAUACACUAACCAAAAGAGCAAAGAGCUUGUCUGAUACUAAGAC